UUUGAAUAUAAUUGUAUUAGAAACUAGUUAAGGUUAGUCCUCUAAACUCGCAGUGCUUGGGGGCGUGAUGGUGUGGGCCAUCAGCCAUGACAAUCAUAAGUCAACCUCUGCCGAAGGGCUGAUGACCGGCCUUGGGAAGAAAUGAAUGCAGCUGCCUUCGUACUCUGCCGCGAGCGCAGCUCCGUUGACAUUGACCAAGAGGGAUGAUAGUGCCGGCAGCAAUGUGGACGUGUGUCGUUGGACCAACUGCGGCGAGAAUUGUCCCGCCGGGUGGAAAUGGAUCAGGCGCAAGACAGCGACACUCUCAGUAUGACUGACGAGACCUACUGCUACUCGGGUCAGGAUUCCCGCAAGUUCUGCUGUCCAGGCGACGUGGACCUGCCCAGCUGUCAAUGGCGCGGUAUGCCAAAACACAGCAGGAACUGCAGCCCCGGGUGCAAGGACGGUGAGGUUGAAGUUGGCACACUGGGCUAUCCAUACUGCCAGACCAAGCAUCAGUCUGCCUGCUGCACUGUCACGCCGUCUACAGCCCCCUAUGGUGAAUGCAAGUGGGUGGGAAGCGCGGGCCUGUAUUCCUCGUCCAGCGGCCAUAAAAACUGCCCCAGCGAUUAUCCGACGUUUGUCUUUGCCAGUUCCAACGGCGCCAGCGGAGAGCAGACGUGUACGCAGGGAGCCAAGAGCUUCUGCUGUAAGGGCGAGUCCUUGAUCUCAAGAUACAUGCAGGAUCCAGGGGCCCCGCCUGAUUUCCACAGCUACUCCUGGUCGCCGGAAGAGGAUCAAGCACUGGUGGAGCGGACCAAACUGAACCUGUACGACUUUGAGCUUUUCAACACGUACAAUGCGCGAACGAUGGUGUCGAACGUCCAGGCCCUCAUCGAUCUGUACGACCAUACCGGGCCGCCGGUGACGUACGGCGACCAUUUCCUGAUGGCCGAGAUGAAUGCUGCGAUCAACCAGUCCGGGGGUGGCAUUGAUCGGUAUGCCUAUGUCAGUGACUUGAUGGCCAACCCGCGGACGGCUGACGAGGCAUUGAACUGCAUGGUCACGGCUGUCGAUGACCUAUGCACCAUUCAAGAGGCCGAGGGCAACGCCCCGGCGAAAAGGGGUACUCCUGCGGCGGAGAGUGACAAUGCAGACCUUGAAGAACGACAUAUCAAUAUCGUUGAUAUAUCUACCGACUCAAAGGUAAAUGGGCAGCCGACCAUGCGGACCAUCCUGCGCGGCACCAGGAAUGGAGACCUGACCCUGCACUAUGCCCGGUGGGAACAUUUCAACGACCGGAAUGGCGACGGGAGCAGAGAAGGUCCUUUACUGGAAAUAGCUUAUUGGAUUGGAAGCGAGAUCGGGACUCUGGGGGCCAAUGCCAACGAGUAUCAAGAAACAGACAACGACAAAUGGGUUGUUUUCCAUUUCCACUACAACAAUGAUGGGCUUUUGUUUCGGCCAAAGAAGGGCCAAAUGUACAUUGGCUGCAGCAGCAUCACUGUUUUCCACGGGCAAACCCUCGACAACGGCGCGCGUGGUGAUAAUCGGAUCUGGAACCGGGAUGACGGCCGUGACGGCAAUCCCAACACAGAAAAUACGCGAUCUAGAGCCCUGCAAUGCCCCAGAGGACAGCGGUGGUACAUUGCCCAGGCGGCUCCCCGAGUGGUGCGGGCAACCAUUAUUACGCAACAGAACUGGCGGAAUUCGCGCGUACUCUGUAUGACCAGGGAUAUCUGGGGCUCAAGCAUUCAGACCGAUCUACCCAGGCAGCGACAACCCCUUCGAGUUCCAUACGUCUCAGUAUCAGCAGUUCAGGGACGGAAUGAGUCGCAAUUUCCUCAUGGUUGA